AUGGAGGAGUUCUUCCAGUACAUCGGCCGGGACGGCGGCGCGGCGUCCUCCUCGGCGCUGCUGACCCGCGAGCGCCUGUUCGUGUACUCGACGCCGCGCGAGCGCCUGCUGGACCGCUGCGGGGAGCUGCGCGUGGGCUCGUACUUCGCGUGCUCGGCCGUGCUGUACUACGAGGACCAGGUGUGGCUCAAGAUCCGCCGCGGCUACUUCUCCAACGCCAAGAACAAUGGCUACAUCCGCGCGCAGCUCGAGUUCCCCACUGGAUCCGCACCGGUGGACGGCAGCGACCUCCCGCCGCGUCAGCAGCCCUCGGCGGUCGCGGCGCACCCGGCGCAGUUCCGAUACAUGCGCAGACUGCCCGCAGAGUUUCCGACGUACAUGUGCGCGCGCGACCGGCUGGAGCUGUACCGCGAGCCCGUGUUCAAUCUGCACUCGGCGUCGGUGUCGUCCUCGUCGUCCGCUGGCCCCGGGAAGUCGAUGCCGCGCCACAUGCAGCGCUUCCUGCCGCCUGUGAGCGUGUUCCAAGCCACUGAGUGCAGGUUCAACCAGGACUUCACGCAGUUGGCGGUGAAGGUGACGUCCGCGUUCGCGGGGCUCGGCGGAUGGAUCAAUGCGUCGUUCCACAAGACGCUGAUUGAGGUCGAGGACCCGAAAGAACUGGGGUAUUUCAGGAAUGGACCAGUGUAUCUGCAAAACGUGGCGGGGCGAGGAGGCAAGUGGGCGGGCGAGCUGCCGGUUCGAGCGAUCCCGAGUCUGCAGGCACCAAGGUUGUAUAACGUGGAGAGCUAUCGAGUGGUGCGCGCUAUUGAGCGCAAGCUGCUGAAGGACCGCGUCUGGGUGCGCAUCCAACCGCUGAAGUCGCAGCAGGAGCUGCAGCAAGCCGGUGAAAAGAAGACCGAAGAAGACCACCCCACGCUUGAUGUGGUUGAGAAUCAGGAAGAGGAAGGAGUGGUGGAGACGGCAGGACCAGAUGCGUGGAUCAUUGAACGCAACGCAAACACAGCUCAGCGGGUAAUGGUGCCCUGGGGCAGCAACCGCAUUCAAGAUGUGCCAGCUAACGACAACGCUGAGCGAUUCUAUCGCACAGUGUACAGUCGUCGACCACUUCCGUUGCGACGUACGGCUGACCUGCAGGCAGAGAUUGUUGGUCACCUUGAGCCGGGAUCUGUGUUCUCCUCUACUCAGCGCGUGCUCAACGACAGGGGGCACAUGUGGAUUCGGGUAGCAUUGCCUUCGGAAAAACCGGCCAACAUUAGCAAGGAUGCGAAGGACGAUGGCGGUGAAGACAACAAUGCUGGCAAUGGCAGCCCAGAUAACAAUGCAGACGAAUCGAAGGAGGAGGAGGAGGACUUUGAGGACCUCGGUCAACCUGUCCGGUACGGCUACGCGAUCCAAUCGAAUGCCAAGACCAACACAUGCAUGGUCCAGGAAAUCCCGGCGCCUGGGAAAAUGAACCCGAAGCAGUACUACCAGGUGUUCCUCUCGUCGGACGAGUCGCACACAAAAAGCAGCAACCAGGAGGAAGAAGCUGCAAUGAGCAUCGCGCCAGAUAACUCGAUAGCUGCCCGUGCUGAAGCAUCCAACACAGCUAAAGAGCUGUUCUACGUCAAGAACGGUGCCAUUUUGUCGGCCAUCGGCACCGUGUACAAUGCCAAGCAGGGACGCAUGUGGUUGCAAGUUUUGGCGACCGAGUUGGAUCCUGCAAUGCGUAUCAAGCACCAGUGGCCCCUCUCCGAUGCGGAGCAGAAUCUAAACGUGGUCUACCUACCGAUGUGCGAUCCGAAAUCCAAUUCAAACGAAACUGUUCUCAAGCCGGUCCACCGCGAGUUGACACGGAUUGACAACCCUCUCAAGGCUGAAAAGGACGGCUCGCGGUCUCCGUCACGAGUGGUAUUCAGUGGCCGCGCAUCAAAGCUGUUCGGUUCGCACCUGUUGCGUCCGUCAACGAUUGAUCUGCCGUCUGCAUUCCAGAAGGAGAAGAAGGGUCCGGAGUCGCUUAGCAGUGGAAUUACGGUCGCUGAUCCGGUCGCACGAGCAGCUGGCGAGAACGAUCGUGCACAAAGUCUCAAAGACGAGAUCACGGCAUGGCAGUUGCAGACAGGCAAUCGCGUGACCAAGCUGUACACGCAGAUCGGCUCCUUGGCCGGCUACACCUUCAGCUGCGUGAGUCGGCCUUUCGCGUCGUGCUUGGCACACCAGGAGGCCAAACGGCGAUACCGUCUGCUGGACCAGGAGGAAGAGGGCAUGGAGGAGUACGCCCUCGAGGACGACGAAGUGCACGUGUAA